UUUUACUUAAAUUAUAAACGUUGUAGCCAUUAUUUGUCAUGAUGAUAAUAAAUGUUUUAGUUUGAGUGGACUGGAGGAGGCACGACCCAUCCUGUGGAAGUCUUGAUUCGAACUUCAGGUUGCUUCUGUGGUCCCGUGGAGGUUGUGCGCGUGCGCCUCGUAAGUGAAACUUUCCGCCUUCCUCUGUCUGAGCUGCUGUCAAACGCCACAUCAGAACGCGCACCAUGCCGGGACUGCUGCUCGGAGACGUGUUUCCUGACUUCGAGGCGGAGACCACCGUUGGAAAAAUCAAAUUCCAUGACUUUCUCGGUGAUUCAUGGGGCAUCCUGUUCUCUCACCCCAGAGACUACACCCCGGUGUGCACCACGGAGCUGGGCCGAGCUGCCAAGCUGAGCAGCGAGUUCAGCAAACGCAACGUCAGAAUGAUCGCUCUCUCCAUCGACUGUCUGGAGGAUCACUAUGGCUGGAGCAAGGACAUUCUGGCCUACAACUGUGAGAGCUCUGAGACCAACCUGCUGCCGUUUCCCAUCAUAGCUGACCGCAACCGGGAGCUGGCAAUCACCUUGGGCAUGCUGGAUCCAGAAGAGAAGGACAGUGAUGGCAUGCCGGUCACUGCUCGCUGUGUGUUCAUUAUUGGUCCCGAUAAAAAGCUCAAAUUGUCCAUCCUGUACCCGGCCACCACAGGACGCAAUUUUGAUGAGCUCUUACGAGUGAUUGAUUCCCUCCAGCUCACAGCUGGGGUACGAGUGGCCACGCCUGCCGACUGGAAGCCUGGAGUCUGUGUGAUGGUGCCUCCCAGCAUGCCCGAGGAGGAGGCGGCGUCCAUGUUCCCAGCUGGUGUUUUCUCCAAAGAGCUGCCCUCUGGCAGGAAGUACCUGCGUUACACACCUCAGCCAAAGGAUCAGUCAAAACACACGGACACUGGAAACUCACAGACUGAACCAGGAACCACUUCUCAGCCCUAAAGGACCUGAACAGAAAGUAAUUUAUUACCCAAUGGGAUUACACAUGGGGGAUUUUUCUCAUUUAGUUCUUGUGUUAAAAUAUAGAUGUUUUUAAUCAUGUUUUUGCAGAAAAUUAUCCAUCCUAAUGCAACAAAACUAUCCAACCUGUUGGUUCUUUCUCAUGUUUUUGCAUUAAAAUAAUUUUUUUUACUCAAUAUGUAGUGAGAUGAAACAUAGUCAUGUGUUUGCACUAUGAGGCAUCUCUCCUCCGCAUUCUUGUACAUUGAGGGGGAGGGGCUUAAUGCAACCAGCCACUGGGGGGCGUUGAUGGUUGAUAACGGCCCAGUCCCAAAACUCACUUCCACACUUGCGUCGCUCUAUUGUGUCUUCUCAUCCAGCGGUGCAAGUGCGUAUGAUGUCCCAACUCUCUAGUGUGGACCUUGGCCCCGCCCCUUUGGCACCCUUGAUCUGCACUUUCCCAAAGCCCGAUCAAACGUUAUUACCCAUAAUCCAUUUGUCAUGGUCUGCAUCUCCCCUCAUGUGUCUCCUGGUGUUCUCCAUUUUUCCCCAGAUCUUCAGCCCUCUAGGUUUCCCUCCUCAGGUAUCCCCCUCCCAGGUCCUGUGCUCCCGUGGCCCCCUUUUAGUCACGCCCCUGUAGUUUUUCUUUCUGUAGUGUUUUUUCUCUAGUUUCAGCCCCCCAGAAUAUUAGUUAUGUUUUCUGCCCUUCAUGGUCUUUAGGUUUUUCUCUUAGGCCAUUUUCCUUUAGCUACAGCUGCUCAUGUUAUUAGUCUCUUUAGUGUGUUUUUCCCGUCGGUGUUUGAGGUCCCCCCCCCCCCCCCCCCUAGAUUAUUAAGUUAUGUUUCCUGCUCUUCUUGUCUUUAGGUUUUAUUCUUAGGUCAUGUUAGUUUCCUCCCUGAUUAGUAGCUCAGUUCACCUGGUCUCUCUCUCCCAACACACCUGCAGUUCAUCUCCCUCUCAUCCUCCCCAGUGUAUAAAGCCCUGUCUGUGUCUCUGUGUGUUGUCGGCCCAUUGUUUGGUGUCAGCGUCGUUUUGUGCCUCGUCUCUAGGUUUUGUGCUUUAUGUGAGCUUUCGUUCUCCUGGUGUUCAGGACUUUGGUUUUUGGCUUCCUGCCCUUUUGGAUUUUUUGUUCCUCUUCCUAAUAAAAAGGAUUUUACUUUUGAA